CUCGUGCCUCCAGCCUUCCUGCCACGCUCUAUAGUCGCGUUGUCCCACACAGCACGAGCAAACGGUUGUCGAUUUCAGCACGGGACAGAUACCUGCACCCUCUUACUGCAAUAUGGCGACAGAGUUCCAUAACCUUCAGGAGCUGAGGCACAACGCAUCGCUGGUAACAAAAGUGUUUAUACAGAGAGACUACAGCGAAGGAACCGUAUGCCGAUUCCACACCAAGUUCCCCUCAGAGCUUGACAACAGGAUUGAGCGAACCGUGCUGGAGGAGACGGUGAAGACCCUGAACUCUUACUAUGUGGAGGCCGAAAAAAUUGGGGGUCAGUCAUACCUGGAAGGAUGUCUGGCUUGUGCCACAGCUUAUAUCAUCUUCCUUUGCAUGGAGACACGCUAUGAGAAGGUGCUGAAGAAGAUAUCAGGCUACAUCCAGGAGCAGAAUGAGAAGAUCUUUGCUCCUAGAGGUCUGCUGCUCACAGACCCCAUAGAGAGAGGAAUGAGGGUUCUAGAGAUCAGCGUGUUUGAAGACCGGGGCUCGGGCAGCUCCAGUCCCAGCAGCAGCAUAUCGUCGGCAGGCAGCAGCGCCCGGUGACUGGAGGGGCAGCGCCAGGCUUACGGGUACCACCACAGGGGCAGCGGAACUCUUACCAACAUCCGCAUGCUGAAACAUGAGAGCACCAGGUUCUAAGACAAGCGGCGAGAAAAAGGCGAGGAGGUGAUCCACAGCUUUCACACUCUCCCUGCCACCUCGAGAACAGGAGCCGGCUUACACAAACACACUGGAGACGCAACAGAAUAAACACAAGUGCAACAGAACCCACACAUUGGCAGUAGACACAUGUAUAAGCCAACAUCCAGAGUGUAUGUUAGGGACUAUCCAUCACUCUCUAACAGCUAUUGAAACUAAAAUAAUCAGAAUUUAUUUUGUUCCAUUUUUCUCUUCUUCCAUCACGUCUGUUUCUAUGAGUCACACCCUCUCUGUCGUAUGGCUGAUUCAGCAGGCUUACCCUUGAGUAGACUGGACGUCAAUGCUUGAUUGUUUUCAAGGGGGUCACUAUCACUAUGUCCAUCUGCUGACACAUUGGCAAUGUAGUCGUAGGUCUGUGCAGCAGCUCUGAAAUCUGUAAGGAGGAAAACUACCAGCCUCCUGGGAGAGCCAAUGUUCUCCGGUCUCGCUGAAUGAUUGCAUUCAUGUCAUGUGUUUGGGGUCAAGCCGCUUUGAAUGCUGGUAAAUUGGGCCUGCUGUGGGGCAGCUUGGUUCUAUGCUCUGCUCACAUGCAUUUGGCUUCAAUAUCAAACAACUAACAGAGAGCACCUUGGAUUAUUUAUCCUUCUCAUUCACAGCAGUGGAUACUGGUGAUUCGCAUCACAGCUGUAGGUCACACUCCUACGUGCGCACACACACACACACACACACACACAC